AUGAUAUCCCUGCAGCUCCAUAAAUUGAAGGGUCUUUACACCGAGGCGGAAAAAGAGUUGGCAAAACAUAGGUACCACCAAUCAGCAGCUGGUUACAAACAACUGCGAAAAGCUGGGUGUAAUCUGCCUCACGAGAAUGCAGUGAGAAUCUGGAUCAAUGACUUUUCAAUUACACUUGGAUUCUGCAACAAUAUAUUUAGCGCAGCAAAACAAAGUCUUGCAAAACUUCCAACAGAGGAACGACUAUGUGCUCUAAAGAUAGAUGAAUUUACAUUGCGCUGUUUUGAAGAAUAUUCCCAAAGAUUAGACUGCAUAGAAGGUUUGGUUAACCUUGGACCUUAG